AUGUAUGGAACAUCUACUGGCCCUCAAACGGGCAUUAAUACUCCUCGCUCCUCACAGUCAUUGAGGCCACUCAUCUUGGCCCACGGCUCGCUUGAAUUUUCUUUUCUCGUGCCGACAUCGCUUCAUUUCCAUGCUUCCCAGUUGAAGGACGCCUUCACAGCAUCAUUACCACAGCCAACGGAUGAGCUUGCCCAGGAUGAUGAACCUUCAUCGGUUGCGGAAUUGGUGGCUAGGUACAUCGAUCACGUUGCGCGGGAGGUGGAAGAGGGUGAGGACGAUGCCCAGGGCACCUAUUUGGAGGUUCUGAAGCUGGCAUUGAAUGAGUUUGAACGAGCAUUCAUGCGAGGCAACGAUGUGCACGCUGUGGCUGCGAGCCUUCCCGGCAUCACCUCGAAGAAGGUUCUUGUCGUGAAGGCCUAUUAUGCCGGUAGAGCCGCUGCUGGACGGCCUACCAAACCUUACGAUUCUGCCCUCUUCCGGGCUGCGUCGGAAGAGAAGGCGAGCAUCUAUUCGGUGUUUGGAGGACAAGGUAACAUUGAAGAAUACUUCGACGAGCUCAGAGAAGUUUAUACCACCUAUCCGUCGUUCGUGGAUGAUCUGAUCACAUCCUCUGCCGAGUUGCUUCAAUCCCUUUCCCGGGAGUCUGAAGCCAACAAGCUCUAUCCAAAAGGCCUGGACAUCAUUCAAUGGCUCCAGGAUCCGGACUCUCAACCUGACACCGAUUAUCUGGUGUCCGCUCCUGUCAGCCUACCCUUGAUUGGUUUGGUUCAACUCGCGCAUUUCGUCGUUACUUGCAAGGUCUUGGGCAAAACACCAGGUGAAGUUCUCGAAAGAUUCAGUGGUACCACUGGUCACUCUCAGGGAGUGGUCACCGCUGCGGCAAUUGCCUCGGCCACUUCAUGGGACAGCUUUGACCAGGCCUCUAAGAACGCCUUGACUAUGCUUUUCUGGAUUGGUCUGCGCAGCCAGCAAGCCUAUCCGCGAACCUCUAUUGCUCCCUCAGUCCUGCAAGACUCAAUUGAGAAUGGCGAAGGUGCACCAACACCGAUGUUGUCUAUUCGAGAUCUUCCAAGAGCAGCCGUUCAAGAACACAUUGACAUGACGAACCAGCAUCUCCCCGAGGACCGCCACAUUUCCAUCUCUUUGAUCAACAGUGCUCGUAACUUUGUUGUUACUGGACCUCCCUUGUCCCUGUAUGGUCUUAAUCUGCGUCUACGCAAGGUUAAGGCGCCCACAGGUCUGGACCAGAACCGGGUUCCUUACACCCAGCGCAAGGUGCGCUUCGUCAACCGAUUCCUGCCUAUCACCGCCCCAUUUCAUAGCCAAUACUUGUAUCCGGCGUAUGAUCGUAUCCUGGAAGAUCUGGAGGACCUAGAAAUCUCUCCUGAAUCGCUUGCCAUCCCCGUCUACGGCACCAAGACUGGAGAUGACCUACGAAAGACUGCUGAAACCAAUAUAGUACCGGCGUUGGUUCGCAUGAUCACCCACGAUGCCGUGAACUGGGAACAAGCCACAGUUUUCACUGGUGCUACACACAUCGUUGACUUUGGUCCUGGCGGUAUCUCUGGCUUGGGUGUGCUCACUAAUCGCAAUAAGGAUGGAACUGGUGUUCGUGUCGUACUUGCAGGAGCUAUGGAUGGUACCAACGCCGAGGUGGGAUAUAAGCCUGAGCUAUUCGAUCGUGACGAGCAUUCGGUCAAGUAUGCCAUUGAUUGGGUCAGAGAAUACGGGCCGCGACUUGUGAAGAACGCAAUGGGCCAAACCUUCGUCGACACCAAGAUGAGCCGACUGCUUGGUAUCCCGCCUGUCAUGGUGGCUGGAAUGACCCCUACUACUGUUGCUUGGGAUUUUGUUGCCGCCACGAUGAACGCCGGCUAUCACAUCGAGCUUGCUGGUGGCGGCUACUACAAUGCCAAGACCAUGACGGACGCUGUCACCAAGAUCGAGAGGGCCAUACCCCCAGGUCGUGGUAUCACAAUUAACUUGAUCUAUGUCAAUCCCCGCGCUAUGGCGUGGCAGAUUCCUUUGGUUGGUAGGCUGAGGGCCGAGGGCGUGCCCAUUGAAGGUCUGACAAUCGGUGCCGGUGUCCCGUCUAUCGAAGUGGCAAAUGAAUACAUUGAGACUCUGGGAAUCAAGCAUAUUGCAUUCAAGCCGGGCUCUGUCGAUGCUAUUCAACAAGUCAUCAACAUUGCGAAGGCAAACCCGAAAUUCCCCAUCAUCCUUCAAUGGACUGGAGGUCGUGGUGGUGGACAUCACUCAUUCGAGGACUUUCACCAACCAAUUCUGCAAAUGUAUAGCCGUAUUAGACGCCAUGAGAACAUCGUUCUUGUCGCCGGCAGCGGCUUUGGUGGCUCUGAGGAUACUUACCCCUAUCUCUCCGGUACCUGGUCUUCUAGCUUUGGAUACCCUCCGAUGCCUUUCGAUGGCUGUUUGUUUGGCAGCCGUAUGAUGAUCUCUAAGGAGGCCCAUACGUCAAAGAAUGCGAAGAAGGCCAUUGCUGAUGCACCCGGUCUUGAUGAUAAAGAUUGGGAGAAGACAUACAAGGGAGCUGCAGGAGGUGUGGUUACCGUCUUGUCGGAAAUGGGUGAGCCAAUUCACAAGCUGGCUACCAGAGGUGUAUUGUUCUGGCACGAAAUGGACCAGAAGAUAUUCAAAUUGGACAAGGCCAAGCGGCUCCCUGAGCUGAAAAAGCAGCGCAACCAUAUCAUCAAGAAGCUGAAUGAUGAUUUCCAUAAGGUCUGGUUUGGUCGCAAUGCUGCUGGCGAAACCGUUGAUCUCGAGGACAUGACCUACGCUGAAGUCGUCCAUCGUAUGGUGGACCUCAUGUAUGUCAAGCAUGAGUCGAGAUGGAUUGAUGAUUCUCUUAAGAAGCUGACUGGCGAUUUCAUUCGUCGUGUUGAGGAACGGUUUACUAUAUCCGAGGGUCAGCCGUCUCUUCUCCAGAAUUAUUCUGAGCUCAAUACGCCUUAUCCUAAUAUCGACCAUAUCCUGGCUUCUUACCCUGAGGCGGCCACUCAGCUAAUCAACGCCCAGGAUGUCCAGCAUUUCUUGCUGCUUUGCCAGCGCCGGGGACAGAAGCCAGUUCCCUUUGUACCUUCUCUGGACGAGAACUUCGAAUAUUGGUUCAAGAAAGACUCUCUCUGGCAGAGCGAGGACUUGGAGGCUGUUGUGGGCCAGGACGUCGGCAGGACGUGUAUUCUCCAGGGCCCCAUGGCUGCCAAGUUUUCCACUGUUAUUGACGAGCCUGUUCGUGACAUCUUGGAUGGCAUCCAUCAGGGCCACGUCAAAAGUCUGAUCCAGGACGUCUAUAAUGGGGACGAGACCCAAGUGCCCGUCAUCGAGUAUUUCGGCGGACUGUUCGAUAAGAUCGGUGACGAUCAGGAUAUCGAUGGUUUAACAAUUGCUCAGGAUGAUGAUAAGAUCACUUACCGCUUGUCAACUUCCCCCUCGGCGGACCUACCUGAUUUGGAUCGCUGGCUUUGUGUACUUGCAGGCUCAUCUUAUUCCUGGAGACAUGCUUUAUUCCUGGCCGAUGUGUUCGUUCAGGGUCAUCGUUUCGAUGCUAAUCCCUUGAAACGCAUCGUUGCACCGGUAUCAGGCAUGUAUGUGGAAAUAUCGCAUCCCAAUGAUCCCUCCAAGACUAGUAUCGUUGUCAGAGAGCCUUACCAAUCCGGCAAACUGGUGAAAACGGUAGAGGUAAAAAUGAAUGAGAACAGUCAGAUAAGCCUCACGCUUUUCGAAGGGAGAACAGCAGAAGCCGCUGUUGUUCCUUUGACAUUCCUCUUCACAUAUCACCCAGAAGCAGGAUACGCACCCAUCAGAGAAGUCAUGGAAGGCCGCAAUGAUCGCAUCAAGGAGUUCUACUAUCGUGUUUGGUUCGGCAACAGGGAUGUUCCGUUUGAUACUCCGACAACUGCCACUUUCAACGGUGGACGUGAAAUCAUCACUGCUCAAGCCGUGGCUGACUUUGUCCAUGCUGUUGGGAACACUGGUGAAGCCUUUGUAGAUCGGCCUGGCAAAGAGGUCUUUGCCCCUAUGGAUUUCGCCAUCGUCGCAGGGUGGAAAGCUAUCACAAAGCCUAUCUUUCCGCGUACAAUCGAUGGUGACCUCCUGAAGCUGGUUCACCUUUCCAAUGGAUUCAAAAUGGUCCCUGGGGCUCAGCCCUUGAAGGUCGGUGACGUCUUGGAUACUUCGGCUCAAAUCAACUCGGUCAUCAAUCAAGAGUCAGGUAAAAUGGUCGAGGUCUGUGGCACCAUCCUCAGGGAUGGUAAGCCCAUUAUGCAUGUUACUAGUCAGUUCCUGUAUCGCGGUGCCUACUUGGAUUUCGAAAAUACCUUCCAGCGCAAGGACGAAGUGCCUAUGCAGGUUCAUCUUGCUUCAAGUCGAGACGUGGCCAUCCUCCGGUCGAAGGAGUGGUUCCGUAUGGAUGAAAACGAUGUCGAACUGUUAGGCCAAACAUUGACUUUCCGUCUUCAGAGUUUGAUCCGCUUCAAGAACAAGACCGUCUUCAGCAAUGUUCAAACUGUGGGUCAGGUGCUCCUGGAAUUGCCCACCAAGGAGGUUAUCCAGGUAGCUUCUGUGGAUUAUGAGGCGGGUACUUCUCAUGGAAACCCUGUGAUCGAUUACCUUCAGCGCAAUGGUACUUCCAUUGAGCAGCCGGUCUACUUUGAGAACCCAAUUCCUUUAAGCGGCAAAACUCCACUAGUUUUGCGCGCUCCUACAUCCAAUGAGACAUAUGCUCGUGUUUCGGGUGAUUACAACCCCAUCCAUGUGUCCCGGGUAUUCUCCAGUUAUGCCAAGCUACCCGGCACCAUCACCCACGGUAUGUACACGAGUGCUGCCGUCCGCAGUUAUGUCGAAACCUGGGCCGCAGAAAACAACAUUGGCCGUGUUAGAGGAUUCCAUGUCUCACUUGUUGGCAUGGUCUUGCCCAAUGACAUGAUUACAGUUAAGCUGCAGCACGUCGGCAUGAUUGCCGGUCGUAAAAUUAUCAAGGUUGAAGCUAGUAACAAGGAUACCGAAGAGAAGGUUCUGCUGGGCGAAGCCGAGGUCGAGCAACCAGUCACGUCCUACGUGUUCACUGGACAAGGAUCACAAGAACAGGGAAUGGGUAUGGAACUCUAUGCCAGUAGCCCUGUUGCAAGGGAAGUCUGGGACCGCGCAGAUCGUCACUUUAUCGAGAACUACGGUCUUUCCAUCAUCGAUAUUGUCAAGAACAAUCCCAAAGAACUCACCGUCUACUUCGGCGGACCAAGAGGUAAAGCUAUCCGUCAAAAUUACAUGUCGAUGACCUUCGAAACUGUCAACGCGGAUGGAUCCAUCAAGUCGGAGAAGAUCUUCAAGGAAAUUGACGAAGAGACUACUUCUUACACUUACCGCUCACCCUCUGGGCUUCUCUCCGCGACCCAAUUUACACAACCAGCCCUUACUUUGAUGGAGAAAGCAAGCUUCGAAGACAUGCGUUCGAAGGGACUUGUCCAAAGAGACAGCAGCUUUGCCGGUCACUCUCUUGGUGAAUACUCGGCCCUUGCAGCACUGGCUGAUGUCAUGCCCAUCGAAAGCUUGGUUUCCGUUGUUUUCUAUCGUGGAUUGACAAUGCAGGUGGCUGUGGAGAGAGACGAGCAAGGUCGCUCAAAUUAUUCGAUGUGUGCCGUCAACCCUAGUCGGAUUUCGAAGACCUUCAACGAACAAGCCCUUCAAUAUGUUGUAGAAAACAUUUCAGAGCAAACUGGCUGGCUUCUGGAAAUCGUUAAUUACAAUGUUGCCAAUAUGCAGUACGUUGCUGCUGGUGAUUUGCGAGCCCUUGACUGUCUCACGAACCUACUCAACUAUCUCAAGGCCCAAAACAUUGACAUUCCCGCCCUCAUGCAGAGCAUGUCUUUGGAUGAUGUCAAGUCGCAUCUUGUGAAGAUGAUUGAUGAGUGCGUGAAGCAAACUGAGUCGAAGCCCAAGCCCAUCUCGCUUGAGCGUGGCUUCGCCACCAUACCAUUGAGAGGUAUCGACGUACCAUUUCACAGCACCUUCCUUCGGUCUGGUGUAAAGCCUUUCAGGUCCUUCCUUCUCAAGAAGAUCAACAAGACCACUAUUGACCCCAGCAAGCUGGUCGGUAAAUACAUCCCAAACGUCACAGCAAGGCCAUUCGAAAUAACGAAGGAGUAUUUCGAGGAUGUUUACCGUCUCACGAACUCCCCUAGGAUCGCCCAUAUCCUGGCCAACUGGGACAAAUACGACGAGGGAAGUGAGAGUGCAGCUCGAAGCUAA